UUAGAAAAUUGUACUGAAGAGAGAGAGAGAGAGAGAGCGCAUUGCUUACUGCUACUGCUAUGCUACUUGUGGCUGGCUGCUCUUCCCAAAACCACCCUUUUCUUGCUUUUAUUUUUUUUUAAUUCUUAGUUAGCUAUUGAUUGAUAUAUGCAUACACAUACACACUUUAUGAUCAUCAGUCUCCAAAUCCUCCGAGUGAGUUAGUUCGUGGGUUGACAGAGGAAGGAAUGGCAGCAUUAGGGUUUUUGGUAGUAUUGUUCUUGGUGGUGGUUGUCAAUGCCGACACAGAUCCUUCCGAUGUAUCUGCUCUCAAUGCCAUGUACCAAAACUUAAAUUAUCCCGGACAAUUAACCAAAUGGACCUCAACCGCUGGUGAUCCCUGCCGAGAUAAUUGGAAAGGCGUUACCUGUUCGGGCUCGAGAGUCACUCAAAUCAAACUACCCAGUCUCGGCCUCUCUGGUGGAAUAGGAUAUCAACUGUCAAGCCUAACAUCAGUAACUGAUUUUGAUGUCAGCAACAAUAAUCUUGGCAAUCAGAUACCUUACAGUCUUCCUCCAAACUUGCAAACAUUAAAUCUUGCUGGAUGUGGAUAUAACGGCAACCUUCCGUAUUCCAUAUCACAAAUGCCUUCUUUAAAAUACUUAAAUGUUGCCCGCAAUCAAAUUAGUGGCCCACUGCCUGACAUGUUUGGACAACUUUCAGCUCUAUCCACUCUGGAUGUAUCUUUUAAUUCUUUAACGGGUGACCUUCCUAAGAGCUUCAGCAUGUUGUCCAGUGCAACUGAUAUGUAUUUGCAGAAUAAUCAGUUUACAGGCACUAUUGAUGUCCUUGCCAAUCUUACUCUUAAAAAUCUGAACGUUCGUAAUAACAAAUUUACUGGUUGGAUUCCUAGUCAAUUGAACAACAUAAAUCUGCAAAAAGAUGGGAAUUUAUGGAACUCAGGGAAUGCGCCCCCACCUCCCCCUGGUACACCUGCAGCAGCUGGAGGGGGGAGUCAAAAUCGGAAACCGAAGGGCAACAGUCAAUCUGGUGUCGGUGGUGGAGCUAUAGCAGGAAUUGUGAUAUCCAUUUUGGUUGUUGGUGCAAUUAUUGCCUUCAUUUUGCUGAAAAGAAGAUCCAAAAGAUCAUCUACGGAUAUAGAAAAGACCCGGGACCAGUCUUUUGCUCCUGUUGCUUUACAGCAACAGGCAGUCCCAGUAGAUAUUAAGCCUGUUGAAGCUUCAUCCAUGGACAUCACAAAAGCAUUCGAGUCUCCAGAAUCUAUAAAUCUGAAACCACCACCUAUGGAUCAUGAGAAAUCAUUUGAUGACGAUGAUUUCUCGGCAAUUCCUGUUAUUCCUAAGAAAACAUGUGUGGCUCCACCAGAUGCCAUAUCAUACUCAAUAGCGGAUCUUCAAGUAGCUACAGACAGCUUUAGUGCUGACAAUCUAAUUGGUGAAGGAUCCACUGGACGUGUUUUUUGUGCUCAAUUUGAAGAUGGAAAGGUUGUUGCUGUUAAAAAGUUAAAAUCAUCUGCUCUCCAUGGUGGUUUGUCCGAGUAUUUCAUUAAUGUAGUUUCAGAUGUAUCUAGAUUGCGGCAUCCUAAUUUAAGUGAACUUGUUGGGUAUUGCUCAGAGCACGGACAACAUCUCCUAGUUUAUGAGUUCCUAAAAAAUGGCUCUCUAUAUGAUUUCUUGCAUCUCUCAGACGAAUACAGCAAACCAUUGAUAUGGAAUACCCGUGUCAAAAUAUCUUUAGGGAUGGCCCGUGCUUUGGAAUAUUUACACGAAGUAUGCUCGCCAUCUGUUAUUCACAAAAAUAUUAAAUCAGCAAAUAUAUUGCUAGACUCAGAGCUCAAUCCCCAUCUCUCGGACUCUGGGUUAUCAAGCCUUGUCUCAGAUGCAUAUCAGGGGUUGGAUGACAACGGAUACAGUGCCCCGGAGGUUUCCAUGUCUGGUAAUUACACAAUAAAAAGUGACAUCUUCAGUUUUGGUGUUACCAUGUUGGAACUACUUACAGGAAGAAAACCAUUUGAUAGCUCAAGGACAAGGGCAGAACAGUCUUUGGUGCGGUGGGCGACACCUCAGCUUCACGACAUGGAUGCCCUUGCCAAGAUGGUUGAUCCAACGCUCAAAGGAUUGUAUCCUGUUAAAUCUCUUUCUCGAUUUGCAGAUGUAAUUGCUCUUUGUGUACAGGUUGAGCCCGAGUUUCGGCCACCCAUGUCAGAACUGGUUGAGGCGUUGGUUCGACUGGUGCAGAGGGCAAAUAUGAGCAAGAGAACUAUUGGUAUUGAACAAGGUUCAUCUUUACGAUCUGGCAACCAAGAUUCUCAGGAAAGUAUACGGCCGUGUGAACAGGUAGAUACCCAUGUGGCCAUGUAGAGAUAUAUGGAGCUGGAAAGGAAAACAUUACUUGAUUUUUGUUUUAGUUAUCAGUCAUCAUGUUCUAUCACUUGACACACAUGUUAGCUUUUAGGUCCAAAAUUUUACCA